AUGACCAUCAUUGAAUCUAUUUCUAAAAUUGGAUCAUUAAAAUCAAAUUCAACUCAAAAAAUUAUUAAUGAAACUUCGUCAAAUAAUAAUUUUGGUAGAAAUAAAUCACAAGGAUUUAAUCCAAUUGGUGGAGUUUUAGGAUUUCUAAUUGGAUUUACAAAUGGAGUUGUUGUUGGUGCAUUAAAUGGUGGUGUUCAAGGAUUUUUUGAAGGUGGUAAACGUGAUAGUUAUUUAUAUAUUUUUUAA